AUGGUGUACGCUACAAGCAUAUUGAAAACUUUACUGGAAGACCUAAUUAGACGCUCAAUUGAAGGAAAUAACCAUCCCAAACUGCUUUUACGGAGAACUGAAUCAGUGGCCGAGAAGAUGCUCAGUAAUUGGUUUACGUUCUUACUUUACCGUUUCCUCCAGGCAAAGUCACUCUAUCUAUCUAAGUCUGUAUCUAUCAAUCUUUCUAUCUAUCCGAGUCUGUUUCUAUCUAUCUAUCUAUCCCAGCCUGUUUCUAUCUAUCUAUCUAUCUAUCCCAGCCUGUUUCUAUCUAUCUAUCUAUCUAUCCCAGCCUGUUUCUAUCUAUCUAUCUAUCUAUCUAUCUAUCCCAGUCUGUUUCUAUCUAUCUAUCUAUCCCAGCCUGUUUCUAUCUAUCUAUCUAUCUAUCUAUCCCAGUCUGUUUCUAUCUAUCUAUCUAUCUAUCCCAGCCUGUUUCUAUCUAUCUAUCCCAGCCUGUUUCUAUCUAUCUAUCCCAGCUAUUUAUAUCUAUCUAUCCACCCCAGUCUGUUAGUAUCAGUCUAUCCAUCGACUCCUCUAUCUAUCCAUAUAUAUCUGUCUCAGUCUGUGUAUAUCUCUCUAUCCCAGUGUGUAUGUAUGUAUCAGUCCAGUCCAGUUGGUUCCUAUCUAUCUAUCUAUCUAUCUAAGACUUGUUCAUAUCUGUCUAUCUAUUUCAGUCAUUUCAUAUAUAAGUCUGUUCAUAUCUAUCUAUCCAUCUAUUUAUUUAUCUAA